CAAGGGGAGAUUAUAGAGUGGGACAGUGGUAUCGCAGCAAGAGUUACCAUAGGGAACAACCUAAAGGCUUCUGAAACGGUGGGGUCGCUAUGGUAUCCAAAAUAGGUGCCUUCAUAUGGUGUUGAUGAAGAGAUACCAUACGGACUCAUUUAAUUUGGAGGUUUUACGGAUCAAUUCAAGCACCUGUGGCUGCAUUUCAAUCAAUUACAAUGGACAAGGCCGGUUCGCGUCUCAAGUUGAAAAAAUAAUCGCGUUAUAUCUGUUUACAAUACAAGAAUAUGGAACUAGAAUAUUGCGGAUCUGCUGGUUGGAUUCCUAGCAUCAUAUUUUGAUCACGAGCGACUCGCACGAUCCAGUAAAGAUCAGUAUCCGGCAAGAUAUGGUCACCUUGUACAAAAAAUCGACGAAUCAAGUAUGAUGGGGAAGUAUCCUAUGGUCGAUAAAGCAUGAAUUUAGAUCGUAUGCAAGAAUGUGUAUAUGAGUAUUCGAGAUUGUAUCGAAAAAGAGUGACAGUGGAAACAUGAGCGAACUUAUUCACGAGCGACUGAGUUCAUUAAGAAAAUCCCAGCAAUAGAACUGCUGAAUUAUCGUCUUUUUUGCCGAAACUGAUGACUCUACGAUCUGAUAUAUUAUCUGGUGCUCACUUACAACGAACUGAAACUGAUCUACCUACCGCAAUUUACCAAUCGCCUUACCAACAAGCCGAAAAAUUCUAACAACGUGUUGGAUGCAAUCAAACACACUCAGGUAUCGCAGAUGCACAUGAGCUGUCACCAUUUCUGGUUCGGAGCUUUAAAAA